UUUUUUAUUAGCAGAUUAACUAACCUUUUGAUACUCCUUUUUGGGACUCUUUGUGAAUUCUAAAACAAGGUUCAAAUAUUAUAGACAAAACUGCUAGGCAAUUUACUCGGUAUCUAUUGAUGAUUGCAGGUAACUGUGAAAUUAGUUGAGUUGUUGGCGGAAGAUAACAAUAUGAAGUAUCCUGUGAAAUUAGUUGAUUGGACAUAAAAAAUGAAAAAAGAAAAAGAUCCCCAGAAGGAUUUAAUUAAAGAUCUAGUGUAUAAAUCCAAAUUCAAUCGGACCUCAAUCGAGUAUAGAAGUGAAAGAAAGAUCCAGGAAUUAGCAUUGCAGUACUACGUACCUCUGGUUUGAAUUUACAAACCUUUGGGCAUAGUUUAUAAAUUUUAUGCAGAGCGUGUCUUUUUUUGUUUUUGAAAUUCUAACAGAAGUUACAAAGGUCUGAAAUUUUGGGAAAAGAAAUUACUUAUUCGGUUCACUUUUACUUUUCGACUUAGCAGAUGCUUAAAAAACAAUAUCAAAGCAUUUUUUCAAUAUUAAGUCUUGGAAAAUAAUUUGGGGAAUAAGUUAUUAAUACUCAGGUUAAAACAUGGGAAAAUAUCAUCUUUUUUUAAUCGGAUAGAAGUGACCAAUACAAAUAAAAAUCUAUUUUUGGAAUAGUAGACAAUUAAAAGUAAACGGAGAGAACUUCAAAAUUAUGGUCAGCUGAACUCUUUGUUCUUCCAAGAUGUAGCAUAAAAGAGUUCUGCUACAUUAAUGUUAAGAAAAGAAGAAGAUGAAUGCAUAAGCUUUAAUGUGUGUCUAUAUGUAGGUUAUACCCAAAAAAAGAAGAAGGGAAAAGGACUUAUAUCCCCUCAACUUUGCAAUUUAGAGAUUAUAUGCCCUCGUUACAAACGUGGCUCACAUAUAUCCCUACCGUUACAUAAAUGGACCUAAUUAGCCAAUCUAUUUAUUCUAGGGCGAGAUGUCAGUUCUGACAUAGUUAUUUCUACUUCUACCAGCAGUAAAGAGAUCUAGAUAACUGACACGGAAAAUGUUCUGAAGGGUGAAAGAACUUCCACCUCAAUAGAUGAGGAAGUGGUUGGUUUUGAGGAUGAUGCUGAACACAUAAUUCAACAAUUGACAGGUGGAACAAAGGAACUAGACAUUGUAUCGGUUGUUGGAAUGCCUGGACUAGGCAAAAUAACUUUGGCUAGAAUGGUUUUCACUCAUCAUUGUAUUGAUUAACACUUUGACGUUCGAGCAUGGUGCUCUAUUUCAAAAGAAUAUAAUCUGAGGAAGGUGUUCUUAGAGAUUCUUAAACAAGUUGUAGGCAAUAUGUAUGAUAGCCCAUCUGAAGACUUGCCUGACAAGUUGCGCAAGAUUCUAAUGCACAAGAGAUACCUCAUUGUGUUAGAUGAUAUAUGGGAUGUCGAGGCUUGGGAAGAGUUGCAGUUAUCUUUCCCGGAUGAUGAAAAUGGAAGCAGGGCACUGCUAACAACUCGAGAUGAGGAAGUGUAUAGGCAGCUUAAGCACCACAGUGAUCCAUAUUUUCUUCGAUUUCUCACAGUGGAUGAAAGCUGGGACUUGCUUCAGAAGAAAGUAUUUCAAGGAGAGAUUUGUCCCCCAGAGCUACUCAAAACAGGAUUACAAGUUGCUGAAAACUGCAAGGGAUUACCUCUUGUGAUUGUUUUGAUUGCUGGAAUUAUUGCAAAGCAAAGGGAAGCCUCUUUGUGGCUUGGGUUCGCAGAAGAUUUGAGUUCCCAUAUUUUACAAGAGCAAAGCAUGAAGAUAAUAGAAUCAAGUUAUGACCAUUUGGAAGACCAUUUAAAGUCUUGCCUGCUUUACAUGGGAUUGUUUCCAGAAGACCAUCAAUUUCCAGUAUUCAAUUUGCUUAAGUUGUGGAUAGCGGAAAAUUUUGUACACAACUUGGACGCAGAGAACGUUGAGGACGCAUCUAAAAUUUGCUUGAAUGAUCUAGUGAACAGAAGCUUAGUAAUUGUUUCUCGAAGGAGAGAAGAUAAUGGUGAGAUAGAGUACUGCACUGUUCAUGAUGUAGUGCAUGAGUUUUGCUUGAGGAGACUUACAAAAAAAAAGUUUAUGCAGUACCAACCUUCAAAGGAACCCCAGUAUACUAGAUUUAUCCAUGAUCAUCUUGUUCACCAAUUGUUGCAGUAUACAGAAUCAUCAUAUAGGAUUCCAAUGUUGGCAGGCUUGAAGAAAGGAGAGUCUCUCGCUAAAUGUCAUGAUAGGUCUCUUUAGUCUAUUGCUCGUCCAAAGUCCCGUGUUUGGCGAAAGACUUUUCCUUUACUCGAUAACUUAAGAUUUAUUCGGGUGUUGCAUUUGUCAGAUGUCUGUUUGGAAAGACGUUAUUGGACUACAGCAGUGCAAGCAGUAACUUACUUGAGGUAUCUUGCAAUUUGUACCCAAGAAUUUGAUUUCCAGUGGGUAUCACACCUACACUAUCUACAAACUUUGCAGGUGGUGGGAAGUAGUGAUUUUUCAAGGCGUUUCGAGACAUCCCCAUCUAUUUGGAAAAUGAAGAAGCUAAGACAUGUGGAUAUACAGGAUUUUUCUUUCAAAUGGGAAGACAAUGAUCGAGCACUUUCCGAAGAAUCUUCAUCAACUUUGUUACCAGAGUUGAAGACCUUUGGGAAGUGUCGUAUAUUUUUGGCUGAUAAGACCCCGGAGUUCUGGUGGAGAUUUCCACAUAUUGAACAACUCAAGCUCCACUUUAUUGAACAAGGUUAUGAAGUUCAUAUGCCUAAUCUUGAAGAACUCCCACUUCAAUCUCUCAAACUGUGUUUUUCACGCCCGAUCUCCGGCUACAAAUCCAUAGGACUGGCCAGCUGUGUUGUCCUCCCUUCAAAUCUAAAGAAUUUGUCCCUUGAUAGACUUUGCUUAACAGAAGAAGCUUUUUCACAACUUGCAAGUCUGCGAAACCUUGAAAGUCUCAAACUACGUAAUUAUACUUCAAACCAGAAGGUAGAUUUAGGCAGGCUGGAUAUGGCAUAUGUUGGGAUGUCAGUGAUUAUGAGUUCCUAGCACUCAAGUACUUGCUUUUACAGAAUGUUCUCAUGACAGAAUGGCGCUCCUCAGAUUCAUCCUUCCCCGUACUGGAGAAGUUAAUUAUAAACAAAUGCACAACUGUGUGGUAAGAUCCCUUCUAGCUUUGUGGAUAUCCCGACAUUGAAGUUGAUUAAGUUGAUAUGCUGCAACAACUCACUUGAGGAUUCAGCUUUCAACGUUAAAAAUGAAGUGGAAGAGAUUGCAGGAUGUGAUAGUCUCCAAGUUCAUAUUCAGUAUCAACCAGACAGAUAUGCAGAUGCAGAUUUUGCAGCAGAAUGCUUCAGUGUUUGGGAUCAAGAAAACAACCGUAGCUCACUGACACCUUUUGACUUGAGGUUGCAAAUGACUUAUGUUCCCAUGUUUGUAAUGACCUAUUAGGUUGUUUUGAGUUUUAGAAUCUCUUACAGCCAAAAUUAGUUAUUUCAACGAUUAAGAGUUAACCAAAGUCAAUGAUGUGAUUAGACAGGCUCGAAUUCGAGAUUUGAGUAGGUCCAUAGGAUGAUUUUGAACUUGUACAUAUGUUUGGAUUGCAACUCGAGAGGUUCAGUGAGAUUUGGCCUUUUGGGUGCUAAUUUCCUAUUUCAGCUGCACCAGAUUUUUUCUUUCUGGUGCAUCAGGUUUUUGUGCUUUGUGAUCAUGGGAGGAGGAGUGAACAUCGCGUAGGGUUGUUUUGCCUGGGUUUUGUUGAUACAAUUGUGGUAAAGAAUCAGCUUUACUGAUAUCUCAUCAUAACUCUUAUUCGCACAUUUUAUUUAGUUGUUCGGUUGAAUCUGUGCGUAUCUUCUCCGUACGUUGGUUCUGUGCAUUUCUUUUAUAACAAUGUUCACUUAGAUAUACUUAUAUAUUGUUAUUAUAUGUCUGUUGAGAUCACAUAAGCUGAUCAUGAUGGAACACAAACAUUUGA